AUGACUUUAUUUAGCCGUUUUGUUGAACCAGGUCGUUUAUGCCGUAUCCAAUUUGGUCCAGAUACAGGGAAAUUAUGCUUUAUUGUUGAUAUUGUCAAUUUUAAUCGUGUAUUGGUAGAUGGUCCAACUACAGGAGUUAGAAGACAAAGUAUUCCAUUGAAAAGACUUACAUUAACACAAAUAAAGGCACAUAUACCAAGAGGUGCAAGAACUGGUACAAUUACAAAGAUUCUUCGUAAGGAUGAUUCAAUUGAGAAAUUUAAUCAAACUACUUUUGGUAAGAAAUGUAUUACCAAGAUAUUUAAGGCAAAUAUGACUGAUUUUCAAAGGCACUCUUUAUUGGUUGCUCGUAAGAAACGACAGGCUUUAGUUAAGGCUGAACUAAAAAAAACUUCUAGGAAAUAA